UACACCAUCUCUUACGUAAUACAAUUUCAAAAGCUUUCUACUAAUUCUGAUGAAAAAAAGUGUCUCACGCCCUCAUGCAGAAAGCAAACAUGUCGCGAAUAGCAUAGUGUGACUGUUUAGACGACAUUCAAUGCAAAUAAACCUACGGUUGAUAAGAAUCGCACAAGUCCUGCCAAGGGCAUCAUAUAUACGUGUAGGCCUAUACUUCGUCACAACCAAUGCGUUCUCACAUCGCUUUGAAAACGUAACCGGAUAAAAUUGUAACUCAAAAGGGACGCCACGUUUACUUGUAAUCAUGUCGGACUCAGGAAAUAAGAUUGACCACUUAAAGGUUGACCACUUGAAGGUUGACCACUUGGGGAUUGAUAAUUUGAAGGUGGACAGUAUUUCAAUGGAUGGAAGUCGAUCGUGUAAUUCGUCACCCAAUGGCAGGCGCCGCGGAAGUUACGUAAUGGAUGAGGACGCACAAUGGCUGAUGUGGGUUGGAAAACAAUUCGCAGAAAUUGCGGGUGAAGAUCGGGAAAUAGAUUUCGACGAAUUCAAGACGGCAUUAGGAAUAAAAAAGNCAUUCUUUGCGGAGCGGUUUUUCAGCCUGUUCGACACAGAUGGAAGUGGUACAAUUACAUUAGAUGAAUUGAUGGAAGGCCUACAGCUUCUUACAAGAGGAGACGCAACAGAUAAACUUCGCUUUCUUUUUGAUGUUUAUGACGUAGACGGUAGUGGCCAGAUAGAUAAACUUGAACUUCGAUUGGUCAUAAGUUCCUGUAUGGAGGAAAGUCGUAUACAACUCACUGAUGAAGUCAUCGAUCAAUUAACCGACGCACUGUUUCAAUCAGCUGACACUGAUGCUAGCGGCAGUAUUAGCUUUGACGAAUUGCGUGUCGAACUUGAAAAAAAUCCAGAAGUUAUGGAGAAUAUGACAAUUAGGUACGAUAUUUUGACAGAAAAAAACUGCUUAAUCUCGUCUCGAGGAGGUGGAAUGUGCCUGAAUUUCGACAGUACGUUUAUAUUGGUGUUGAUGUUACGCAAGUGCCUGACAUAUUUACGUGGAACAAAGGCAAACAGAGUGUUGCCUCUAGAUCAAAGCAUAUAUUUCCACAAAUUAUUAGGAAUCACCAUUGUUUUCUUCUCAUUCGUGCAUACGGUAUCGCAUAUUGGCAACGCAGUCACAAUAUCAAAAAAUGACAAUUUUACUGCGUUUGAGCUGCUGGUUACAAAGCCAGAUCUUACAGACUAUGGUAUAGUCUCAGGAUCCGCGUUCAUUACUGGAUGGAUACUGGUUGCGAUUUUGAUCAUCAUGGUUAUCUGUUCGAUGCCGUUUGUUCGAAGAGGUGGCUACUUUCAGGUUUUUUACUGGACACAUUUACUAUACCUUGCAUUUUGGACGUUAUUACUUAUACAUGGACCUCGCUUUUUCUACUUCUUUUCAAUUCCGGGAUUUAUAUUUAUCAUAGAGAAAAUUACAAAUACAAAGAUAUUCAAGCAAGCUCAGUUUGGAAGUACGUAUGUGGAGGAUGUUAAACUGUUCCCAUCUGGUGUAACACAAUUAGUGAUGACACGUCCACCGCGAUUUCAUUUCAAAGCAGGCGACUACAUAUUUUUGCAAAUUCCCGCCAUAGCUCAAUAUGAAUGGCAUCCAUUUACGAUCAGCAGUCCCCCUGAACAAACAGGCACCUUUUCUGUACAUGUUCGUUCGGCUGGUAACUGGACUUGCAGAUUAUACAGCUUUUUCGAGCAACGUUUAAAAGAAGAAAAAGAAGCGAAGCGUGAAGCACAUAGGAAAAGCGCGUGCCAUUCUAAUCGCGCCCUAGAGAUUGAUGAACCUCCUGUGUUUGUGGAGAUGGUGAACCUCGACUCAACUCGAGCAGAUACAGAGAUCCCUGUGAGUGACUCGUGCGGAAAAGUAGUGACACAUGUUGGAAAUGGUAAACACAAUGAGGAGGAAUCGUGGAAACACAAACAUGAAGAUGGAACAAUUAAUAAUAAUAUAAAUAACAACGGAUUAAGCCGCAUUAGGGUUUUUAUAGACGGGCCGUAUGGAACGCCGACGAGGGCAAUUUUUCAAUCAGAACAUGCAGUGUUAAUUGGUGCUGGCAUAGGCGUAACGCCGUUUGCUUCUAUUCUUCAAAGCAUUAUGUACAGGCAUAAGUUAUCUACACGCACGUGUCCAAGCUGCAAGCAUUGCUGGUUGGAUGAAACGCUUGCUGCUGCUAAUAUGAGAUUAAGAAAGGUUAUGUCAAAAAUUGCAAGUGAAAAUAAAGGGAAAGUUCGUGUUUUCUUCUGUGGGGCGCCAGCUUUAGCAAAGACAUUGAAGAAAUAUUGCAGUAUGUUUAAAUUUGACUUCCACAAAGAAAACUUUUAAACGACAAAUAAACAAAAUUAAGCACUAAAGAACACAUAAGUGAUUUUUUUAAUCGAUUUUCAUACGGUAAUUUGCCAGAAAUUGUAUAUACUCUGGUCGAAGUACAAAUACUAACAGAACGCCAGCUCAUUUGAUUCUUUUUUUUUCAAAAAAAUAAUACAUAAUAUAAAAUUAUUGAUUAUCAUAGUAUAAUAAUUAAUAAUCUUAAUAUGAUAAUUAUAUUAUAAUGCUUUGAGUGUUGUUGUGGAAUAUGUCUUCUUUUGCCACGAUCAAUAGCGAACUAUAACAUAAAUGUAUGAUUUGGUAUCUGUGAUUUGCCAACGUAAAUUAAAUAAAUAAAAGUAUUGUUGAAGUACAAUUCAGAGACAAUCAUAGAGUUAUCAUAAGAAUCAGUAUGCUUAGAAUAACUCGAGAGAUAUAGCACUCAGAUUAGGGUAAUGCUUUUUGAAAGGCUUAUCCGAUUUCAAGAUACCACAUUCAAUUAUUAUACACAUUGUAUCAGUAAUAAUUAUCUAUAGAAACCAGGUUAAUAAAUUCAUCGAAUUCUAACAUACAGAAAGCAUAUUUUAAUUAUUGAAUUGUUAUUAAGGCUUAUUAUGAAUAUUAUCAUACAGAUCACUUCAGAGCAUGCGCAUAAAGGCAACUAGUUCUGUAUACGUGAACGUAAAACAAUCUAUCGUUAUAUAUUCUAUUUAGGCAUUUGUAUAAAUGAAUACAUAUUAUUAGCAUUUUGACUUCUUUUCAAUAAUAAUACCGUAUCAAUAUUUACUAAUUGACAAAAAAAACUAUACCGUGUCUACUUUAAUCAACAUUUUAAACAGGUUUAAAGGUCCCGUACACUGACAGUUUAUAAGUACGUAAAAAAGACGUUGAUUUGGUAAAAGCGUCCACGUACAUACGAUACAUUUUUUAACUAUGGUUACAUUUUGACACUUUUAUGCUCACGUAUAUAUAGCUAUUAAAUAUUAUUGGUUAUUACUAUUGGAUAGGCAAGUUUUAUAAAACGUUUAAUAAAUAACUAUUUUGUAUGUAUGGCGAAUUAUCUGAAGAUAUGAAUACGUUGAGGUCUAUGAACCCGGCAAUCAUUUUUGUAGUCUUCCAACUUAAAGAAAAUUCUUUAGUAAAAUCUGGGGAAAACAUCAUAAAUUAAAUAAAACAUUGAAAAAGGGGACCUUUCCCCUAAGACCCGGCCACUGGAUAUUGUUCACACAAACUGACAGCAUUUAAAUACGUGAACAUACGUGUGUUUGAAAAACGUGCGCGUGUUGAUGACCCUCUUCUGAUUGGUCAGACACUAAACGUCAAUUAGGUCUGAUUUGUUUACUAAAAAAAUUUUAAAAAUCCUGAAAUUGAAAUUUACCAGCAAAUUUGAAGCUCUAUGCAAAGAAUAUAGGAAUGGUAUAACUUAUGCGCCUGUUAAAUUGCGAGGAAAAUGUCUUCUUGUCUUCAAACUUUUAAAUAAAACAUGUGACAUGCCUAAAUAUGGUCAUGAUGAAAUCAUGACCAUAUAUAGUCACAUCAUGACUAUAUAUGGGCAUACAACAGUUGUUUUUUUUUUGUCAAAUAUAAUUUGAUUAUCUGAACAGAGGGCUUUAGAUAGGCCUACAAAAAAGCAAUUUAAAUACUGAACAUGGACAAAUUAUUGUAAGGAGACCGUUAAACAUACGUUAUUACAGAAACUAAAAACUAUUGAGCUUAAUUUAAAUAUUAAUUUAUCAAUCCAAAAGAGUAUAUUGAAGCACUGUCCAUACAACUAUGUUUUAUUUGACAAAUUUACGUGAUGCUCAUAGAUAUGAUGUCAUAUCACACCCAUAUAUAGUUAUGAUGUCAUAUCACAUCCAUAUAUAGAUAUGAUGUCAUAUCACACCCAUAUAUAGAUAUGAUGUCAUAUCACACCCAUAUAUUAUGAGCAUAUCGGCCAUAGUUUGUUUCUUUUUAGGUUCUUACUAUUAGUGUUCAGGCUUGGAAAUAUGUAAAAUUGUUAUUAAUUGAGAAUUAUGUUUAUUGAGCACUUGCUCAUUUGAAUAUUAGUUGGUGUUAGAUAAGGUAAAUCUCUAUUCGAUGUUUUUACAGUGUUAUUUUUUAUUUUUAUUUUUUAGAAGGUUUGGUGUAUAUAUUUUUAAUAAUGUUCUCAUUCCAAAUAAGCUAUAUAUGUAAUUUGUAAUUCAAAUUAAAUCGGUAAUGUUACGUUCAUUAAUAAACUAAAGUUCAUUAUAUUGUA